AUGUUCCUCACUAAAUUUUCUGGGCUAGCAGCUCAUGCAAUCAAGGAUUUGGUCAAAGCUCCAUCUUUUACAUGGAGGACAUCAUAUGUGCCUGUGAUUCAAAACAAUUAUGCACAAGCCCUGAGACGAAAAUCAUUUUGCACUACAGCCGAUAAGGUGUCAGAAGAAGGCAGGGAAGAAAAGCAAAAAGUAUCAGUAACGUUUGUAGACAAGGAUGGAGAAGAGAUACACGUCAAGGUUCCUUUUGGAAUGUCAAUGCUGGAAGCUGCACAUGAAAAUGACAUAGAGCUAGAAGGAGCAUGUGAAGGGUCACUUGCUUGUUCAACUUGUCAUGUUAUUGUGAUGGACGUGGACUAUUACAACAAACUAGAAGAUCCAGCUGAUGAGGAGAAUGACAUGUUGGAUCUUGCUUUUGGCCUGACUGACACGUCUCGUCUUGGUUGUCAAAUAAUUGCAAAACCUGAAAUUGACGGAAUUCGUUUAGCGCUUCCUGUUGCCACACGGAACUUCGCUGUUGAUGGAUACAAGCCAAAACCUCACUAA